CGUCAGAUAGCCAAGAAACUCGGGAUGGUGCAGAGGAAUUAUAUCGCUGGCUAGUGAUGUUUGGUAAUCAAAAUCGUUGUUUACUACGACUAUAAAAAUGAAUCGUUACACAAACCUAACAAGCAGCAGUGUGGUGACAGAUAUCAGUGAUUUCGCGCUGAAUUAGAUAUGUGUGUGUCGAACAUAAGUCGUGCUACCUUUCAGUGAUCGGAUGAAGAAGUGUAGGUAAUUGUGGGUGGGCAGGCUGGUGAGAUCUUUUCAGGAUUAAAAUAUCGGAGAAGACCAAGCUAUACACACGUACCUUCGAUGGAGUUGAGGGUAACGCUGAUCUCGCUCGCUUUGUUGACGUUCGUCGGCCAAGCUAUCGGGAGACACGGAUUGCAGCUAUUAGUCGAACCGCAGGAUGUGGUCGUAGAACAGGGAGCCGAAGCUCGAUUGGAUUGCGUGCCGAAUCAAUCACUCGGCACCCCGACCAUACAAUGGAGGACAGAUGACGGGCAGCCUAUCUCUUUUAUAGGGGAUAGUUACAGAUCGCAGCUGGAAAAUGGAUCUUUGUAUAUAAGCAGCGUUUACGCGGGAAAUCCUGAACUCACAGGAGGCUAUCAGUGUCUCGCUUCCAUAGAUGAAGUCGGUGCCAUUGUAUCGCGGAUAGCUACUAUUAGACUUGCCAGUUUGCCAGGGUUCGAGAGAGAGCCACAAGACACUAUGGUUUAUCCGGGCCAAGUGGCUUACCUAAGUUGCGUUCUCCCGUUAUCGGCGAGUCCUUUAAAGAUACAAUGGCUCAAGGAUGAGCAUCCAUUUUCGUUGGACGAAAGCCGAAUGACCAUUUUACCGUCAGGUGCUUUAGAAAUAGAUCACGCACAACCGCAAGAUGUCGGAUCGUACAGGUGUAAUGCGAGUGGAAUUGGGCAGCAUAGACUUAGUAACAAAGCACAGCUAAAUUUAUUGACCUCUGACAUUGAUCAGGGACUUACAGCUCCUGUAUUUGUUGCAAAACCUUCGGAGCAUGUUGCUAUCGAAGGGACGACUAUUACUUUGGAAUGUGCAGCUAAUGGCAACCCAAAACCAACAAUUCUUUGGCUCAAAGAUGGGAUCGCAGUUGAUUUGGCACCGCUCGAUUCAAGGUAUCGAAAAGUAGCUGCUUCCAGUCUCAUGAUUACCGAUAUCAAAGAGAUAGAUCACGGAUCGUAUCAGUGCAGAGCAGAAAAUGUAGUCGAUGCCCUGGACGCGGUUGCCGACGUCACGGUGCAAGUUCCACCCAGAUUUAUCAAAAAACCUGAGGACCGAAUUGCAAACGAAGAUCAGGAUCUGGAAUUGGAGUGUGAAAUAUAUGGAAAGCCAGAACCCAAAGUAACGUGGUUAAAAAAUGGUGAAAAAAUUACGCCGAGCGCUUAUUGGCAACUUGUUAAUGGUUACAAUCUGCGUAUCAAUGGACUACUGCAACUCGAUGCUGGUAUUUUUCAAUGCAUCGGUGUAAAUCCUGCGGGUAGCGUUCAGGCUUCGGCAAGACUGUUCAUAAAUCAGCCGAAACCCUCAGGAAAAGUUGAAAAGCGUAAACCGUCAAAUCCUAAACACCCACCGAAGAAAAACCUCCAUCGACAGUUGUACAACAACACGUGGCAGCACCCAGACACGUUACUGGGCGAAACCUUAUCAGCUUAUACCCCAAAUUCUGAAAUAUCCAUAAGUCCUUCGGACGAUCCCGCCGACAUAUUGGGCAUUAUUAGCAAUCCUAAAUUCCCGCUGAUUCCUGAACCCAAUUUUAUAGAUGAAACCGAUACCCUGGAUUUGAUCGAAGGCAGCGCACCGUCGGCUCCAAGAGAUCUAAACGCUGUUUUAAUUUCAACGAGAUUUGUUACUCUCAGGUGGCGUGAGCCUGAGAAUAUCAAUGGAGAUAUACAGACAUAUCAUGUUUAUUAUAAACAGGAAGGAUCACCAAGGGAACGCGUUGUAAACACGUCGCAAAACAGAUUGGAAGGUGUGAUACAAGGUUUACAACCAAGCACAAAGUACCAGUUUCGUGUAGUUGCGCGUAACGAACGUGGCGUCGGCGCGUCUAGUUCCAUACUGCAUGUAACAACUCAAUCAGAGGCCGACGUUCCUGGACCUCCUUUGAAUUUGCUAGGUCAAGCGAUUAGCAGCAACAGCAUUGACCUUACUUGGGAAGAACCAUACGUAACAAAUGGACGCGUCAUUAAAUACCUCAUUACGUAUAUAGAGGGCGAAAGCGAAGGAAAAACUAACGAGACCGUUGAAACGAGGUACAGGCUUCUGAAUCUUACGCCAUUCACUGAAUACAAUUUUUGGGUUCAGGCUGUCAAUGAAAACGGACCCGGAGCUUCGACCAAUGAAAUAACAGUCCGAACUCUCAGUGCACCGCCAACGCAAUCUCCAUACAACGUUACUUUAGAGGCAGCAAAUUCUACCAGUAUAAUAAUACGCUGGGAACCGCCGUUAGAAGGAAAAAAUGGCGUUAUAACCGGCUACCAGAUUCGAUAUCGUCAGAAGGGCAGAAAGCAUUGGACACCUACAACGACGCAGGGGAAUCAGAAAAUGUAUCAAUUAAACGGACUGGAGAAGCACGUUAUUUACCAACUCAAAAUAUGCGCAUUGAAUGUCAACGGAACGGGACCAUGGAGCGAUGUAAUGGACAUCGAACCGUACGAAAGAGAUUUGGACGAAAGUAAAGUUCCAAACUCUCCGACUAAUUUGAAAACUAAGCCAAUGUCAGAUUCGAUAUUCGUUUCAUGGAGCCCGCCAAAGGACCAGAACAUCAAGGUCCGAGGUUACACUUUGGGCUGGGGAAAAGGAUUUCCGGAUAACUAUACAAAGAAAUUAGACAGUAAACAACGCUACUUUACGAUCGAAUCGUUGGAACCGUUAGCCGAGUACGUCAUUGCCCUUCGAGCCACUAAUGCAGUUGGAGAGGGAACCCCAUCUUACGCCAAUGUUCAAACGACCGCGCGUUCAGUUACCGAAUCUGUGGCACCUUUGAUUCCACCUGUUGGACUUAAGGCCGUCGUUCUUUCCGCCAGUACGAUGAUGGUUUAUUGGACAGAUAGCACGCUGUCAAAGAGCCAGUAUGUGACUGACAAGAGGUACUAUGUGGUACGUUAUACCUCUCAUCAUCACAGCAGCAAUCCAAGAUACAAAUAUUACAACUCUACUGAUCUGAACUGCAUGAUCGUUGAUCUAAAACCGAACACACAGUAUGAAUUUACCGUUAAAUUGGUCAAGGGAAAAAGAGAAUCUCCUUGGAGUAUGGUGGAGUUGAAUACAACUCAGGAAGCAGCGCCCAGUUCACCACCUCGAGAUCUCACUGUUCAAAGCGUCGAAGAUCAUGCGACAGCAGUGAUGCUUCAUUGGCUGCCACCAAAACAACCUAAUGCACCGAUUACUGGAUACAUUAUCUCGUAUACAACGGACAACACGAAAUGGGACAGGGAUUGGAGGGUCGAGGCGAUAAUCGGCGAUCAGAGUGAGAUCAUGAUAAAAACUCUUCAGCCUAGUACGACUUAUUAUUUCAAAAUUAAAGCGAGAAACGCCAGAGGAUACGGCCCGUUUUCGUCCUCUGUAGCUUUCAAAACACCUCAGAGUACUCCAACAGAUGGACGGCUUUCGAGCUUGAUGAUAUGCAUAAUAGUCGGCCUAUCCGUUGUUGUCAUAACCGGUGUCGCUGUAAUCGUUGUCGUCAUGUGUUGUCGUCGACGUCCCGAGUCCCCGGAUCAUAAAAAAGGGUACACGAAAGAUUCUAAUCAGAAAACUAACAUUAAGCCACCUGAUCUGUGGAUUCAUCACGAUCAAAUGGAGCUCAAGGCUCCUGAGAAGUCUUCUAUCAACGGCGAAGCUUGCUCAAGUGGAGUGGGCAGCAAUACUCUUCCCAGAUCUGGUAAUCAGGAUUACAAUCAAGAAAAUAUGCACAUCAAUUCAAGCUCCUUGGAUAAGCGUACUUAUGUGCCUAGUUACAUGGGUAACAACGACGAAAAAUGUUCUACCCUAACAAGACAACACAACCGAGGAAGUCAUAAACCCAAACUCAUUACCCUUCCUGUCGACACUCUUUCUCCGCAUCAGCCCAUCGCCACAGCUACUCCCAUUGUAAACAGUAGCAUAUCACAACCAGCAAUUCAUAACUCAUGCGCAGACGUACCUUCCGUGAGGCCUAAUUAUCCUCGCACCGCUGCGCAGUAUAGCUUGAGCAGAGCACACGUUACUCUGGAACCGACACCAGAGUCCAGCCCUGACUCUUGCAGCAUGCCGAGUACUUACGAACCUCUGCAAACUCAGAUUCCCUAUCCCCCGGGGAACCAGCAUUAUGGAGCAAACAGCCAGUACACGUCUGGCGUAUAUGGCUCUAGUAGCCAGCCUAACAGUACCGUUGGUGUUAUAGAAAAUGUAAAUGCGAAGCGACUUCAGGGUCAUCCAUUGAAAAGUUUCAGCGUACCAGCUCCGCCACCUCAGUCUGCGCCUUCGACCCCUGCUCAACAAAAGCACGGAGUUUCGCAAGUCACUGUGAGGCCGACGAUAUCCGGUAGCCCAUACAAAAAACCACCGAUCACAACGACACAGAUAACAAAAAACAGGUUAGCCACGGUUGUGAAUCCGACGCAUACGGCUGAAGAGGUCGAACGAUUGAAGCCGUCAUACAGCACGGAGGAAUUGAAUCAAGAAAUGGCGAAUUUAGAGGGACUGAUGAAAGAUCUGAAUGCCAUAACAGCGUCAGAAUUUGAGUGCUGAGAUAAAGAAGUGUGUUCCUACAAACACGUGCCAUCUAAAACCGAAACUGAAAUUCAAACUGAAAGAAGAAAGUUGUGAUUAACGAAGACAUACGUUAAUAGCAAUAAGGCUAUCAUCAUUCACAUUAUUGUUAUUAUUACUACUAUUAUGCACAUCACGCGAGAUUCAGCCAAUUAUCUGAUAUCGUGGAGUGAUUACCUUUUAAUAGAUAUUAUUAUUAUUAUUAUCAUUAUUGUGGCGUUGCUCGUUUUGUACUGCGUAGGUAAAUCGUACAACGUGAGACACAAACGCAAGAAGAGAAAGAGAGGAAACAGGGCAAGAAUUAUCAUUCCGACUUAAGGGAUAGCCUCUUUUGUUAUUAACUUUGUUUCAAUAAAUUCUAUAUGUAUCUACCUUUAUCCAGUCGCACUUGCCAAUUAAAAUUAGUUAGCCGAUUCGUAAUGAUUAUCAUAAAUGCAGCUCAAACCUAGAAUAAAUCCGAUAAGAUAAUUGUUACACAUGGAUAUGAGGGGGGCGGAUGGGAGAGGAUUCCAUAUGACUUUUUACAACGUUGUCACGGGAUUUGAAAUUUUUUUGGAAGUACUCUUGAAUAAUGCUAAUAUGGAUAUACUCUAAUUUCUAGGAAUUUUAAAGAUUUUUAAUACACGAACUUUUAUGUCAGUACAACAUCAAAGAAUCUUGAAAACUAAUAUUUUUGUGCAGUUGACAUAAUAUGAAAACCACGCGUUCUUGCCUUCAGCUUACAUCUUAAACUGACGAUGAAAGAAUCCCUCGACAUAUGAGAGUGAACAUUUUUCCAGUUUUUUUUAAAAACAACAUUUACUUUACGUAGGUAAUAUGUACCGGAAUAAUAUAUAUUAUGUGAUACAACAACAACAAAACAUGAGAAGAGAUGGAGAAAAACAAACCUGACUGCCAUGUUUUAGUUUAUUUUACCAUAUAUGGUUUAUUGUGAUAUCAUCAUAUAUGCAAUCUUUACCUAGUUACAGCUACUACACAGUAGAAUUUAAGAUAAUAUGGUGAUAUUGAUGGAUGAAAUUUAUUGGAAUUGAAAUUGUCUCCUUCAAUUGACUGAUAUAUUAGGAAGCUUUGGCAACUAAUAUGCUUUUCAACUCGUAAAAAGUUAUUUAUACAAGACGUGCAUUAACUACUAAAUUCUUCCUUUAAUUCGCACUUUAGAAAAGUGCGAAGUUUAACAAAAUGGUGAAAUAAUCAUUGUGACAUACCAACGAAACAUACUUAUUACAAUAUUCAACAAACCCCGUAGUUCAUCGAUUAAACCGUACCGCCCACAACAUAUCUCAGUAAGGGUUCAAUUUUGUCAAUCAAAUCAACGGAUAGGUAGUUCAGAUUUCAAUUAUUAUUGCCAAACAAUACCCUAACUCAGAUUUUUACAUGUUUACCGUAAUCAUCUCAGUCACCGUAUCGUGAUCUCAUUAAAUUAUUUUUAUAUUUUUGCAUUCUAGAAAAUGGUAACAAGUAUUGAUUCUUAGUUCAUUUGGUUAACGGUGAGUGCCAAAAGAUCUUAUUUUAAACGUAAAAACACGAAUUGAGGAAAAAGAAAGAUAGAGAGUAACUGAUUUUUGGUUGACGUUUAUUCGAAUACUUUCGUGUUAAAAAUGCAGCUUGAUAAUUAUAUCGUUCUCAUUCAUGUGUCCAUUUUCUUUUUUGUAUAUUACGAAUCAUUACAGUUUAUAGCCACUCGAAUUCAUACAUACAUACAUUUUAUAGUAUGAUCAUCAUUAACUUUGUUGAUAACAUUCUAGCUAACAAAAUGGAUUUGGGUAGUUCUUUCAAAAGUAUCAACCCUAAAACAAGAAAAUUUAUUAAUAACAAAGCUAGACACAUAUUUUCUAACUCUGUGUACAUCGGUUUAUUAUAGAGUAUUAUAUUAUAUUACGUCUAUUGUAUUCUUAUUAUAAAAAUAUUAGAAGUUACUACCGAGCCAUUGCCUCAUGAUGGAUCUACUAUUCGAAUUUACUGCCAUUGCUGAUCGUGCGUUGAAUAUAUCCAAAAUACAAUUACUGUAUAAUAUGCAGGUUUAUAUCAAUUUGACGGUAUUGCUUCACAAGAAAUAUCGGUACAGAGAAAUCUUUUUGUGAUUGCCACCCCCCACCCCCCAAAAAAAGGGGUAAUCCUUCAAAACUUACGAAUUGUUCUCGUCUCUUGACUUGUUCUGUUUUUAAUAUCGCAAGAAAAACGUAUAUGUAUUUCUUGUGUGCUAUUACGAGUUAUAAUCAAAGGAAUAAUAAUUUAUCACUUUUGCUAUAUGCUUUUAUUGUUGAACGACAAUUAUACAUACGAUAUGCAUUUUUGUAACAUUUUUACAAUAACGUAAGAUAUAUAAAUUUUAUGUACGAUUAAUGGAAAUACACGCAGAAGCUGUACAAAGGAAAACACUAGAAAAAUCACAAGGAUCAAUAGGAUUAUGAUUAGCUUAGGCACUUUUUCAAUUACACUAAUAGUAUACUAUACAUUAUAAUAUAAAUGUAUAUGAUUAAUCGUUAUUCGUAACCAAUUGUACGUUAUAGACUAAUACGUGACAUUUCUAUAGUGUAAUGUCUAAAAUUUGCCUUUAUGCUGUAUCGAGUUUUAGGUACAAAACAUUUAUAUUUCGUACAUUUCCAAUCUACUUCAUCAUUAUAAUGUAUUUAUAUCAAUGGUUAAUCAAGUAAUUAAUAAUUGAUGCGAAUUAUUUUUAAUAUUCUAAGUUGAAGUAGUUUUGAAUGAUGAUUGUGCAACUUUUGUGCAAAACUGAGAUAAUCGACUAACAUUCUACGAGCCUAUGUCGAUGGCCUAACGAUAAUACUUUACCUUAAACACAUUAAUUUAUGAUAGUUUAUACAUUUAUACAUAUAUACACGGUAUAUUCAUGUUGGAGAAAUCAUAAUCAUCAUUAUUAUUAUCCACGCAACGAUGAUGAUAGUGAUAAUGAUGGUCUCGAUGAUAAUUUUUACUAUAAACAAUUAUUUAUUUACCAUAAACUCAUCAACGGAAAAAAAAACGUUGACAAAAAGAAAUAUAUUUAAUAUGUAUUCGGUAAAGGCUGGCUGCUUUUAAUUACGUAUUAUAUAUAUAUAUAUAUAUAUAUAUAUAUAACAUUAUCAAUGUUAUUACUAUUAUUAUUAUUAUAUUAGUAUUAAUAACAUUUCACGAAGACUAACUAUAUGGUUCACAAGAAUUAAAGCGCAACUAUUUGAUGUACAUAAUUAACACACCACUUUGUAAGUAACUAGUUUUUAACAAUAGCCAUUACGAAACGUAUACAUAAACUAUUGGCGUUUUCCACACUGCUCUCGAUGCAAACGAGUGCGAUUUUCUUCAUUUUUAACUCGUAUAUGAGUGCAGCUACAAGCCAGAAAUGUCUAAGCUCGAUGCAGACAGAGUGCAGUAAGUGGAAACCGUCAUAUAUUUAUAUUUAUAUAUAUCAUAAUAAUAUGACCAUCCCCGGAAAAAAAAUCCCACAAAAAUAGAGGAAGAAAAAUGAAGAUGCAACAUUCAUAACAAGUGUGUGAUAAUAUUUAUAACAAUUUAUUACCUAAUAAACGUACGUAAUGUUCUUUUAAA